GAUGUUAAAGGUUAUAGGUUAUAGGCCCCACGGUGCGGUGGUGGUCGGUAAGAGUGCACCUAUGGGUGAAAUUUUGCUAAUCGAGCCAUUUUACGGAGGUUCCCACAAACAGCUGAUAGAUCUGCUGUGUGCAGAAAUCCCAGGAUGUGUCAAGGUUGUUCUUCCAGCCAAAAAAUGGCACUGGCGGGCCCGAACAUCUGCCCUGUACAUCUCACAACAGAUCCCGCACCAACACAACUUCAGGGUCCUGUUUGCCAGCUCGGUACUCAACCUGGCAGAGCUACUCGCCCUCCGACCAGACCUGACCCAGCUGAGGAAACUCCUGUACUUCCACGAGAACCAGCUAGUAUAUCCUAUUAGGAAGCACCAAGACAGAGACUUUCAGUAUGGCUAUAACCAAGUCUUAUCUUGCCUGGUAGCUGAUGCCGUCCUCUUCAACUCAAAGUACAACCUGGACACCUUCCUAUCGUCCAUCAAAACACACUUCAACAGCAUGCCAGACUGCAGGCCCAAGGGUCUGGCUGAACAGAUCAGACCAAAAUGUCAGGUUCUCUAUUUUCCCAUCAACUUCCCAGCUCAUCGGAAAGACUGUCACAGAAUUGAUGUCAAAACAAGCACUAUUUCUUCGGAUCAUGGGCUCCCAUGUGCAGGGCAACUCAAAACCAUGGAUGAUACAGGAACCACUUCUCUGGACUGUACAGACACCAAUUGUUUAGGACAGCUCUCAACUGCAGAAAAGUCAACACAUGACAUGAGAAAUUGUUUUGUUUUGUAUGCAAAGAGGAGUGAUGAAGAAGAUGCACAGCUCACUGCUACAUCUAGUCUAGAUAACACAUCAAAGAAAAGCAAUGACUUCAAGAUGUUAACUGCAGUAUCAUCAGAAAAUGGUGAGAAGUUGAACAAACAUAGAAUGAACAUACAGGCAGAAAUGCCUUCAAGUGUUGGAAACUGUGCUAAAAAUGACCAGGACCUUUCUGAGGAGAUAGGGAAACCUCCUAGCAGUGACCACAAGACUGCCACACCAGAACCAUAUGAUGACCAGCAGGGUGACUUGAUGAAAAGAAAAGAUGGACCUCUGCACAUUGUGUGGCCACAUCGCUGGGAACAUGACAAGAACCCAGACUUGUUUUUCCACACACUGUACCAGCUGGAGGAGGAAGGCUGCAGCUUCGCUGUGUCUGUACUUGGACAGGAGUACACUGAUGUGCCUGAAAUAUUUGCUGAGGCAGCAGGAAGGCUGAAGGGAAAAAUUCAUCAAUGGGGACACCUGGCAGCUAAAGAGGAUUACUACAGGCUGUUGAAUCAGGCUGAUGUGGUGGUUUCUACUGCAGACCACGAGUUCUAUGGAGUCUCUAUGUUAGAAGCUGUUUACUGUGGAUGUUACCCUCUCUGUCCUAACAGACUGGUCUAUCCUGAGAUCUUCCCCAAGGAGUGCCUGUAUAACACACCACAACAACUGAAGAAAAGGUUGAGGGAUUUUUGCAGAAGACCACAGCUGGCAAGGAAACACACAAUAAAUCUUACAAUACAUCAGUACAGUUGGGAGGGCCUUGCAGAGGAGUAUAGGAGGCUAUUGCAAUGAUAGCACCUCCACUGAGGUGAUGUUUACAUAGAAGACCUCGUCCAGUUCAGGGAUAUUCAGACUGUCCUGCAGCAGAGGCACCAGAAUCUGCACUGUCCUCUCUCCUGACUCCAGAAUGAUGGACCCACUGGUGACAGGCUCAAAGUCCUGUCCUGCCAC